AUGGUUGAACCACAGGGGGCCCCGGGCCCCUCAAGCGAUGAAACCCUGCGGCAGAAGAUACACCGCCUAGAGAAGCAGCGGCGCAGCCUCACCAACACUCUCUAUGAGCUCGAGGAGGAUGCAGCAGACCACCAGCUGGUGCUAGACGCCAUCAAACCCCUGGAACCCUCACGCCGCUGCUACCGGCUGGUGGGGGGGGUGCUCGUAGAGAGAACAGUAGGAGAGGUGGAGCCAGCUCUGAAGCAACACAAAGCCUUGGUUUAG